AACUUUUGAUCGCCUUCACUCACAAACACCCACUACAAAACCCUGGGCGACAACCCACGGUUUUGUCGUUCAGUCUUGUUACAGUGGGCCUUAUUGUAGCUUUGGGUUUCUUGUUCUUCUCCUAACUCUCGUUUUCAUCGCCAAAAGCAACCAAACGCAAAGAUUUCAUGGCUCGCAAAUUCUUCGUCGGCGGCAACUGGAAAUGCAAUGGAACAACUGAGGAAGUUAAGAAGAUUGUUACCACGUUGAAUGAAGCUGAAGUUCCUUCUGAGGAUGUCGUGGAGGUUGUUGUGAGCCCUCCAUUUGUGUUUCUUACCCUUGUGAAAAGUCUGUUGCGGUCUGAUUUCCAUGUUGCUGCUCAGAACUGUUGGGUUCGCAAAGGUGGUGCUUUUACUGGGGAAGUUAGUGCUGAGAUGCUUGUUAAUCUGGGCAUUCCAUGGGUUAUUAUUGGUCACUCUGAGAGAAGGUCUCUCUUGAGUGAGUCCAAUGAGUUUGUUGGAGACAAAGUCGCAUAUGCACUUUCUCAAGGCUUGAAAGUGAUUGCUUGCAUUGGAGAGACUCUUGAACAGCGAGAAUCAGGCUCUACCAUGGCUGUCGUUGCUGCACAAACCAAAGCAAUUGCUGAUAAAGUAACAAAUUGGAGUAAUGUUGUUUUGGCUUAUGAACCUGUUUGGGCCAUUGGUACCGGGAAGGUUGCGACCCCUGCCCAGGCUCAGGAAGUUCAUUGUGAAUUGAGGAAAUGGCUUCAUGACAAUGUUAGUGCUGAAGUUGCUGCAUCGACUAGAAUUAUAUAUGGAGGUUCCGUUAAUGGAGGAAACUGCAAGGAAUUGGCUGCACAAGCAGAUGUGGAUGGCUUUUUGGUUGGUGGAGCUUCUCUUAAGCCCGAGUUCAUUGAUAUCAUCAAGGCUGCUACUGUGAAAAAGAAUUGAAGUUCACAGCCAGGAAUCAGAGCUUAAACCAGAAACACUAUAUUUUUUUAGUUGUGAUCUUUCCUUAGAACUUCUUGUCAAAAUUUCCUGGUGUAAUAAGCCGAAUUUAACUAUGUUUUUGUGGGUUUGAGGCACAGAUCCUCCUCUUCAAUUGGAUUCAUCUGUACAUUUUGGCUCCACCAUGGUUGUUGUGGGAUAGCCCUUGUUGUCAAUUGCUGGAAACUUCCUUUUGAUUUUGACAUAA